AUGCCGCGAAAGGGAGUUCCCAAAGUGCGCACUGGCUGUCUAACAUCCAACACUAACACACACAGAAAACGCAAGGUAAAAUGCGACGAGACACGUCCAUCCUGCAACAGAUGCACGUCCACUGGCCGAACCUGCGAUGGCUACAUGCCCCCUCCACCAGGCUGGAUGUCCUGGGACCGCCUCCUAUCCCCAUCCGUGCCAUCAUCACCGGAUCCCUUACCAGACGCGGAUAGUCUUGAAUUGCGAAGUCUAGCAUUCUACCGACAAAUUGUGGCGCCUACGCUCUGUGGACCACUGGAUAGUUCGUUCUGGACGAAACUUGUUGCGCAGAUGGUGCAUUCGGAGCCGGCGACAAGACAUGCUGUCUUGGCGAUAAGCUCUCUCUACGAAAACUUUGACGACACGGCUUUACAAUUACACAGGAGUAAUAGACAAGCCGGGACGGAUACAGUUGACGACUUUGCUAUUCAGCAUUACAAUGCGGCGAUAUCACACCUCAUCAGCCCGCAGACUUCGUGUCCGGCAGACAUAAACACCGUUUUAUUAGUCUGCAUAUUAUUCACGUGCAUAGAGUUUUUGCGUGGCGACACCGAAAGCGCAAUAAGUCAUUCCCAGCAUGGCAUUUCGCUUCUCAAUUCAGGGACCGACGUUAAGCCCGAGUUGGUUCGCGUGUUUAGGCACCUCAGUAUAUUUCCGUACUUUUUCGGCGGCGAAAUCUCUACGUUUCCGGUGUUGAAUGAUGCACAGACUGUAGCAGACACGUUUGAUACGCUCGAUGAAGCACUAGAAUCGCUGGACUGGCUGCUCGCAAGGGCGGUUCGACUAGUCCGGGCGAGUGACUUUCAUCGCCUGGGAAUAGGGGAAGAAUCACAACCAUUAGAGGCAGUACUUCAUGAACAAUUGACUCUUGAAAUCGACCUAGACGCCUGGUGGACUACCUUCAGCAGCAUACGAAGCGGCAACAACUCUGAACAGGCGAUGACACUACUAAUCCUAGAAAUGCGAUGGCUCGUCUGCAAAAUCUGGGCGAAUACGUGUCUCGCCUCCCACGAAACCAUCUACGACGAACACCUCGACAAGUUUACGCGGAUAGUGGAAAUGGCCACGCAGGCACAGACACUGAUGGAGAGUGUGGGCGACUCCAUCCACCACAAGUUUAUGUUUGUCAUGGGCUUUUGUCCCCUGCUGUACUUUGUGGUGAUUAAGUGUCGGGUUUUGAGGCUACGGCUCGGGGCGCUAUCGUUGCUCAAGGCCUUGUCGUAUAUACGGGAGACGCUGUGGGAUGCGUCGACGCUGUAUGCUGUGGGGAGGAGGAUCGUCGAGCUUGAGCAUGGGAUGGGGGAGGGUGAGGCGGCGGAGAGUGUGCCGGAUGAGGUGAGGGUUAGGGAUUCGGCGGUUGAGGCUGGGGAUGAUGGCAGGAGACUUUGUUUGUUGGUGUUGGGGGGAGAUGGGAUUGAGAGGGUGUAUGUGGAUUUGAUGUGA